CCCGCGCACCACCCCCAGGCCCCAGGACCUUGGAACUUCCUCCUCAUUCACUCCCCGUCGCACCAUGCUCUCCGUUAACCAUAGUCCCUCUAACCACGGUUAGUUGCUCUCCGAGUCACUCUCCACCGAUCCCAGGGUUCUUCUACCUCUGCCUGUCUAUAUAGCUCCCUCCCCGGCUUCUCAUCCGCCGUUCCCUCCCCCUCGCUCUCCCUGCUCCGGUAUAGCUAGUUGAGCUCUGAUCGAUCAGGUUGCAUGAGACGGAGAAGCUGAGUGAGGCUAGGGUGGUUGGUUGUGAUCAUCACCAUGAGCUGCAACGGUUGCCGGGUGCUGCGGAAGGGGUGCAGUGACGGCUGCGUGCUGCGGCCAUGCCUGCAGUGGAUCGACGCCGCCGACGCGCAGGGCCACGCCACCGUCUUCGUCGCCAAGUUCUUCGGCCGCGCCGGACUCCUCUCCUUCAUCUCCGCUGUCCCCGAGGCGCAGCGACCUGCGUUGUUCCAGUCGCUGCUGUACGAAGCAGCGGGGCGAACCAUCAAUCCGGUGCACGGCGCGGUGGGCCUCCUCUGGACGGGGAACUGGCCCCUCUGCCAGGCCGCUGUCGAGACCGUGCUGCGUGGAGGCGCCAUCGGCCCUCUGCCGGAGCUCGGCGGGGCCUGCGGCGGCGCUGGCGGGGACCUCUACGGCGCCGCCAAGCGCAACGGCGGCUGGUCUACCUUCUCCACUGCGAAGCGGGUGAGGAAGGCCGAGGUACCUGAAGCCCCGUCGUGCGACCUAGGCCUGUGCCUCAGCCCCGGCUCUCCGCCGGCGGUGGGGGAGAGGAAACCAGCACUGCGGCCGGGGACGCCGUCAAUGAGCUCCGAUGAGUCCGGCACCACAACCGGAGGCGAAAGGGAUCCUGUGCUGCUCAACCUUUUUGUCUGAGGCCGGUCGUCAAGCUAGCUAAUACUAAUCCUUGCUUGACCUCCGUCUACUGGAUCCCGGCGGCGAAGCAGUAGUAAUUUUUUCUCGCCGGCGAGCCUAGUUUAUUGGCAUUUUUUUUUCUUUCCCUUUCUUUUAGGAGUACUAGUCUACGAGUCUUGGUUUUUGCCGUGUACGUAGAAAAGAAAUUACCGGCCGGCCUGGACGCCCCGUUUGCGUGGGCGAGCAACUUUUUACCCUUUUUGUUCGUUUAAAUUAUAUAAAUAAUCCUUCAUUAAGCUAUAUA